GUCGCGAGACUGUAUCAGGUGCUUGAAGCGUGACGAGGACAUGGCUUCAGCGCCCGGCGAUGGACGACGAUGAUUUCUUCAGCGACGAUGAUCUGGACGGUAUUCCAGAUGCCACUCUGCAGCAGCUCGAGCAAGCCGCUGUCCAGAGGAACACCCAGGCGACCAGAAGCACAUCUGUCGUGUCAGCACCGCCGCCACCACUGCGGAAGCAGGCGCAUACCGCUGCAACUCUCAAUCGUCCUGGCAGUGUGAGCAAGAACCUGCCAUGGCGGCCUCCACAGCCCUCGCGGCCAAGUCAGCCAAAGGUCGCCAGUGCGCCGCCAGCAAGCGCUCCACGCCCACCUUCUUCAGACUAUGGCUACGAUGAUGAGGAUGUAAUAGAUCUCGAUGAGCCAUCUAUGGUCAUACACCCGGCUUCACGGCCGGGGCCGAGCAGAUCGGCAUAUAAACCACAGAACCCCACUGUCCGAUAUGGUGCGAAGCAACCAGCAGAGCUUGAUGCUGAAACAGCUGCAGCUUUUGCGGCUGCAGACCAAGAGCUGGGUGGCAGUCAGUGGAGCUUGGUUCCGAAACCACAGCCCGCACAGUCUGCGCAGCAGGCAGGACCUUCAAUUGACUUAUCUGCUAUGCAGGCGCGUAUCGCAGAGCUUGAGGCAGAGCAAGCCAGGCUGAGACAGUCGGAACAUCAGGCUAAAGAGGCAGCUCGUGUCAAGCAAGGUGAACUUGCCAUAGUGCGUGGCAACCAAGAGAAGAUCACGAAACAGUAUGAAGCACGGAUAUCUGUCAUGCAGAGACUUCAUGCCGAGGAAGCAGCAAAGACAAAGGCCGAGCUUGAGAUGCAAAGAAAGGAGCGCGAGAAGAUGCAGACGGAUAACAAGUUCUUGCAGCACGACCUGGCGCGUGAAGCUGAGCGUGCGAACAGAGUCAAUGGUCCUAACCGACCCAAAAGCACUCUGCAAGGAACACCACGAAAAAGCCGAAGAGGUGCUCGUGGAGAUGGCUUUGAUGAUGACGAAGUCCGCAUGGCAAGCCCAAGCAGGAGCUUCAACCGAGAUAAGUCUCGAGGUGAUCAAACGCCAAAGACCGGUGCAAAGCGUAAGAGGCCUGCACAUGAUAGUCCUGUGGCUUUAUCUUUCACGCAGCCGCCGCAAGCCCUUCGCACGGAGAGCACAGAACAAACGACCGCAUCGACUGUCCCUGAACCCGUCGUAAUCAAAGAUACCAGGUACGAGCUCAUGCAACUCAUCUUGAACCACAGCCCUCACGAGGGACACGAGGCAACUGUGGAAUCUCUAGCUAAGUACAGCUUCCCUUCGAAGCCUGGGAAGACCCUCUCUUCCAUCUUCAUUCACGACAUCUCCUAUCGUUCAGCUUCAGGUGAUGACGAUUUGCCACUCAUUGUAUCGAGAGCUCUACUCAAACUCUGGUCAGAAUGUCUCGAGGACAAGUACUUUGCCCCCUUCUACAUGAUUCUGG